AUGUCUGGCUUAGAGCAAUCAUUAUUUCAACUUAAAUUCACAGCUAAGCUGUUGAAUAGACAAGCUCAAAAGGCUGGCAAAGAAGAACAAAAGGAAAAGGCUAAAAUAAAAAAAGCUAUGCAACAGGGCAAUAAUGAUAUUGCUCAGAUAUAUGCCCAAAACGCGAUUCGCAAGCAGAAUGAGCGAUUGAACUUACUUCGGUUAGCUUCAAGAAUUGAUGCGGUUUCUUCAAGAGUCCAGACAGCAGUGACCAUGAGACAAGUCUCUGGUAACAUGACCAAUGUGAUUAAAGGAAUGGACAAGGCUUUACAAAGCAUGAAUUUGGAGAAAAUUUCCCUAGUAAUGGAGAAGUUUGAAACCCAAUUUGAAGAUUUAGACGCCACUACCAACUACUACGAGACAGCCACCAAUAACGCUACUGCUUUGAGUACUCCUCAAGAAGAUGUUGAUUUGCUAAUGAGUCAAGUAGCUGAUGAAGCUGGCUUGGAAUUACAACAAAACUUGAAGGAUACCUCUAAGAUUGAAAAUCCUGAAAUCAAACAGCUGCAAAAAGUGGAUGAGGCCAAAGAGGACAGAUUAGCCGAAAGAUUGAGGGCUUUACGUUCAUAA